CCUCACCGUUUUAUACAGUUUUUCAACGUAUUAAACAAUCAACCACAACAAUCCACAUUAUUACUACUGACAAUAACAAUUUAUAACCUUUUCUAUCAUUAAGAUUCCAUUUGCUUUAAGUAUAACCGUAGAAUCAUAACAAACACACAAACAAUAUGCCCGGGCAAGUGAAACCACCUCUGCGGGAAGUGCUCGAGAAGAUAACAAAAGAACAGGAGUAUGACAGCUAUGUGGUCAGAGAAAAGGACGGAGAUGGCUCAAACAUCAUGUCUUCCCUCUCCCACGUCACACUCCACGCAAAAGGGAAAACAGAUAUGAAGCUCUUCGCAAAAUCUGCCGCGUGGAGCGCAAAAAUUAGAGUCACUAACCCUGUUAACUGUCCGUACAGUGUCGAACUGUAUUUUUAUGAAACAUUGUGGAAACAAUAUGAAAAGCUAGAAGAUACGUUCAGUGUCCCAAAGGAGCAUAGAUUCCGUAAGCCAAAACUCUUUGGAUGUGGCUACGAGUAUUUGAACGAAACUCUGGUGUUGGAAGACAUGGUUGCGGAAGGUUAUAAAGAAUACGAUAGACAGACAUCAGUGGAUUAUGAGUACAUGUCAACGGGUAUAAUGUUGAUGGCACAGUUUCAUGCCCUCUCUUUAGCUUACUCCAAGUACAAUCCUGAGGCUUUUAAGCGAGCAAGCGAAUACUUGACAAUGGAUGAAUCUAAACUAGAAAAGUGGAUUGCAAGCGUUGCGCCUAAAAUGCUGUCCACUGCGAUCUCAUGUGCCGAAGAGCAUAGGGAUACACUUAAAAACUACUUUCAUCCAUCGAAGAAAUUCAAUCGACUAUUUAUGGAUUAUUUCCGAAAGGGAAACGACAAUGUUUUGAUUCACGGAGAUUUUAAGCCAAGCAACAUACUGCAUCGUCGUAGAAAUGGGAAGUUAGAGUUGGUCGUCGUUGAUUUUCAACUGGUUCACGAUGCGAAUGCUGUGGUCGAUCUUAUGUUUUUCAUUUUUACUGCCACCGAUGAGUCCUUCCGUCGUGCCCACUUCCACGAGUUGCUGCACUUGUACUAUGAGAAGUUGAGAGCGUCCUUGCUUAGACUACACAUCGAUCCUGAUCAGGUUUACCCAGAGAAAACUUACAGAGCGCGUUUGGAAGAGUUUUCAAUGCUGGGACUAGCAAUAGGCGUGGGCUUGCUGCCAGUAGUCUUAAUGGACAAAGACAAAAUGCCUGACUUUCAUGAGAAUGCAGGCAUAGACGAUUUUGCAGUGGAGGGUAGCCCUCUUUUUAAAGAGCGUUUUAAUGGAAUAUUGAAUAACUACGUAGAAUGGGGCUUGUUGUAAGUGCUGGUUGUCUAGGGUAUGGCCCACAGCAUGCUCAAUUGCUCAUACAACCAUUUCGGUCGCAAAAGGGGAGUGUACAAGUUUCUAAUGGGGUGGCAACGCACAUGCGACACUCUUUGAGUUGCAGUCGUCCAUAGGUUACGGUGUCCGCUUUCCAUCAGGCGGACCGUAUGCUUGUUUGCCACCGACGUAGUAUAAAAAAAAUCUUCAAAUUAGUAACUACAGGGUGGCCCAAAAAUACGUUGAAAAACGUUUGUACCUCUAUAAUUAUUUUUCUGUCCUAACACGAAUGAUUGUUCUACAAAUGAUUAUAAACUAUAAUUUAUAAUUUUAAUUAAGCUAGGUGAAUUUACAUAAGUAGGCUGAAACGUAUCGA